UAUCUACUCGUCACUGCUAUGAAAUGUAGAUAGGAUGUUCUGCGUGCAGACAUGAUAUAAACACAGGUAAAGGCCAACAUGGUCCUUCACCUCUGUCAUUAAGAACGUGAUUGAGAUCUCGAGAAAUAAGUGCUUGGUGAAAUGGCUUUUGGUGAGGAAAUUGCCCAGGUGACAUCAGAGGCAGUAGCAGAGGUCCCCGUGGGGACGGAAGUUGGAAAAACAGUGUGUGUCACUGGGGCUGCUGGAUUCAUAGGAUCAUGGCUUAUCAUGCGAUUGCUUGAAAGAGGAUACACUGUUAGAGCAACUGUUCGCGACCCAGGGAAUCCAGUGAAGACCAAGCAUUUGUUGGAUCUCCCAGACGCCAGUGAGAGAUUGACACUUUGGAAAGCAGAUCUGGAUGAUGAAGGAAGCUUUGAUGCUGCCUUUGAUGGCUGUGAUGGUGUUUUCCAUUGUGCCACUGCCAUGGAUUUUGAGUCCAAGGACCCAGAGAAUGAGAUAAUCAAGCCAUGUGUGAAUGGGGUGUUGAAUGUUAUGAGAUCAUGUGCAAAGGCCAAGUCUCUGAAAAGAGUUGUUUUUACCUCAUCAGCUGGUACAGUGAAUUUCACUGACGAUUUUAAAACACCUGGUAAAGUUUUUGAUGAAGACUGCUGGACCAAUGUGGACCUUUGUAGAAACACAAAAAUGACUGGCUGGAUGUACUUUGUGUCAAAGACUUUGGCUGAACAAGCUGCCUGGGAGUUUGCAGAGCAGAACAAGAUUGAUCUCAUUACUAUUAUCCCCACAUUGGUGGUUGGCCCUUUCAUCAUGCAGACUAUGCCACCCAGCUUGGUCACUGCUUUGUCACUCAUAACAAAGAAUGAACCCCAUUACAUGAUACUGAGACAAGUGCAGCUGGUUCAUCUGGAUGAUCUCUGCAUGUCCCUCAUUUUCGUGUAUGAACAUCCUGAAGCAAAGGGCAGAUAUAUCUCGUCCUCUCAUGAUGCCACCAUUGUUCAAUUGGCAAAGAUGUUAGCUGAGGAAUACCCUCAGUACGACAUUCCAACUGAGUUCAAGGAUGCAGAUGAAUCUCUGCAGCCAGUACCAUUUUCAAACAAGAAAAUUGUUGAGUUGGGCUUCAAAUUCGAGUACACACCUGAAGAGAUGUUUCAUGGGGCCAUCCAGUGUUGUCUUGAGAAAGGAUUGUUGAAGUAGAUGAGGAUUAUGUUUUCUAAACAAUAAAUGUCUUGAGAAAGGAUUGUUCAAGUAGAUGAGGAUUAUGUUUUCUAAACAAUAAAUUUCGGAAGUGUUGUAAAACAUACCAGCUAUUUAUGAGGUUAUAGCUGGGUAAGAUUGGUUUUCCAAUCUGGAAUUUAAGUUUAUCCUACAACCCUCCAAAUAUUAUGAAGUAAAACCGCGUUUGAGUUCUUAGCUCACAACCCACUUGCGUGAGUUUUUGAAUGUAACCGACUUAUUCGAUAUGGAAUUUAUAUGUUACCGUGUCAUUCCAAA